AUGACGUUCCCACCCGCAGAAAAGCGCGGGCGGGCGGAAGCAGAAGGGAGCGCUUGGAUCUGGCGCUUCUGCGGGCGGCGAGAAGACCGUACCCUCACCAUCCGUGCGUCCGGAAGACAAGCACCGGCGGUGGCAAUCAGCCUCUCGGGAAUCAAGCUUCCGCUCAGCGCCAAGGCAAAAGGUCGCAUCGUCAAGCGCUUCCCGCUGGAAGCAACGCAGACUCCGCCCCGAAGCACCUCGCAGUUCCGCCCUUUUUGUAGAGCCUCUCAAGUGGCGAAAGACGGCAGAACCGAUAAAGGCGCUCGUGCUUCGGAAGCCUUCCGAAAGCGCCUCUCACAACGCUGCCUUAUCUCUCUACAUCCUUUCCUUUCCCACACCACCAUCGCGGUCGGCCAGUCUCCCAUCAUGAUUGACUUGCGGAUCGACGGCAUCUCCCGCCCGCCGCUCGUCGAUGAAUCGCCAGACACGGGCGUGCCGGACCAGGGCAACGUGCGUGACAACUGGCUGGCCCGCCGCAAACGCUACGGCAACGUCUUCCGCAUGGUGGAGCCGACGGGUGGCUCGGGCGUCUACGUCGGCGACGCACUCGCCCUCAAGGAUGUCAUCGAGCAGCCCGAACGCUUCGACAUCGGCCCGCUCCACAUCUUUGCCGCUCCCAUGUGGGGCAUCUCGGAAACGGCCGGCAACUGGCUCUCUCGCGAGGGUGGCGGAAUCAACAUCAAGCACUCGUCGCACCUCUUCUCCGGCUCUCGCCUCGCCUCGCUCCAGCAGCGUUUCGUCGACGCCGUCCAGAGGCAGUUCGAGCGCAUCCAGCCCGGCGCAACCUCCGACCUCUUCCAGCAGCUCCGCGUGUGCUUCUUCCAGUCCACCGUCGAGGCGCUCUUCACAAAGUCGUUCCCCGAGGGUCAGUACGCCUCGUUCUGCAUCUGGGACGCCGAGCUCAACGCCUUCUCCCGCGGCUGCCCGCCUCCCGAAGCGCUCGCCGCGCGGGACAGCUUCUUCAACAUCGUGCUCCAGCAGAUCGACGAGCAUCUGUCCGAGUGCUCGCUCCAGGUGCGCGAACUCAUGGCCGACCUCGAGCAAAAGCAUGGCCUCUCGCACCGCGAUGCCGUCGCCAUCUGCGUGCGCACCGCCUGGCUCGGAUCCACCCAGUCGCCUCUUUCGGGCGCCUGGAUCAUCAGCCUCCUUCUCCAGCAGCCCGACAUGAUCAACCGCCUCCGCACAGAGCUCGACUCUUUCAGGAAAUCGGCUGGCGCGCCCAAGACCGUCAGCGAGAUCGCUGCCAACCCGGACCUGCUCAAGGGCGACAACCUGCCCUUGCUGGACAACAUUGUCAACGAAGUAUUGCGCGUGUACAGCGCGCAGAACGUGCCGCGGUUCUGCCUGCAGGACGCUGUCGUUCGCACCCUCGGCCCCAACAACACCAUCGUGCCCAUGCAGCUCAAGCAGGGCGACGUGCUCCAGCUCCUCUUCUGGAACGUUCACGACAGCCAGCACAACCCGCAGUGGUGGCCCGAGCAGAAGGGCAAGGGCAUCAAGUACAAUGGUGCUCUUGAGCCGUUUGACGAGACGCGCUUCGAGACAGACCGCCGUCCGGCUCCUUUCAAGAUCGGUGGUGAGACGGUGCGCACCUGGACGCCGUUUGGAUUCGGCAUGCGCGUGUGUCCCGGUCGCUACUGGGCAGUGGCGGAGAUCAAGGCCUUCUGCUUGCUCUUCCUCGACCGCUUCGACGUCUCCUCGGCAGGGCCCAUGCCGCGUCCGGAUCCACAGCGCUGGAUCGGUGUUCUCAACGUCCUCGACCCGCUGCCCGCCACCGUCUCGCUGCGCGCGUAA